AUGAUGACCCAGAACGGCAUCGAAUUCAAUGUGACGGAUAAGCGUAAAGAAGGUCGUCAACAUAGAAGUGGUCAUCCUAUGGCACACUAUAAAUUACCAAAUGAGUUGUUCGGUGUUAAAUAUGACGAUUCAGAUGUUACGUUAAAAAAUUUACAACAGAAGUAUGCAGAUGAAAUCAAUGAAGAUAUCACGUGCGAUGUCUGUCUACAGGAACGUUUUAAAGGGCUAAGAUUCAAAUGUGAUACCUGUCCAAAUUAUGAUAUCUGUCAACAAUGUAUGGACAGUGAAAAAACAAGUAAAAACCAUAAGUUAGAUCAUCCAGUGAUUGUUAUUACAAACAAUUAUUUACCUCAAAUCGAUAGGAAUGAUAUUGAAUUUAAAGAAGAAGAUUUUCUGGGAGGAGGGGCCUUUGGAAAGGUAUACAAGGCCAAGUGGUUAUCAAAAAAAUUGACGGUGGCAUGUAAAGUGAUACAUGCAAAAGCUGAGCAAGUCAGAAGAUUGGCACUCGAUUUUCUAAAAGAAUUAGCUGCUUUCAAAGAGUUAUCAGGUGCAUUUAUCUUGAAGAUCUAUGGCUACGCAAUUCAGAAACUCCAAAACGAUGACCUGAUAUUUAUGCUCAUUACAGAAUAUAUGGAUAAAGGCAGUUUAUCAAGUGUCAUUUAUAAGGAAGAUAUAUCCUUGCGUCGCAAAAUUGAGAUGGCAGCAAAUAUUGCAAGUGGCAUGCGUAAAAUUCAUCAACAUGGUAUGAUUCAUCGAGACAUUAAGCCGGACAAUAUUCUGGUUUCAUCCAACUAUACAGCAAAAAUUGGGGACAUGGGUAUUGCUCGUAUGAUGCAUCCCGAUGUAGCACUCACUCACAUUGGACCGCAAUUAUUCAUGCCUCCAGAAUUCUACAGAAAUGACUAUGAUCAAAAGCUGGAUAUCUAUACGUUUGGGUUAACCCUAAAUGAAUUGUUCACAGAAACAAAACACAAAUUCAAUAUGGGUAACGGAGAAAAGACAUUAACCAAACAAAGUCCUAUUUUGUCAGAAUUAAUCGCUCGAUGUAUUGACUCAGAUCCAAGUCAACGUCCAACGGCAUAUGAAUUAGAAAAAAGCUUAGAGGUUUAUGACCGUGGUUUCAAUGAACUCGUUCUGAAACGACAUUUAAGCUACAUUACUUGGUCAAAUGAAAAGAAGAACAAAGCUUUCAUGCAAUUUUAUGAACAAUUUCAUUCAUAUGCGAAAAAUGAACUAGAGAAAAUAUUUCCACUUCCACAAAAGACAAAAGCGACAGCAACUCCAACUGCGGCACAGCGAACUCAAACAACAGUACAACAUAAUAAUUUGUUCUGUAAAACUCAUUAG